UGAUCAAGAUAUGACGUCAUUGUAAAUAAAGGCUAAACAUCAACACAGUACCGUGACAGCUAGAACGUAGAAACCAACAGCCCGUCUGCUUCUCACACGAACCUGCCAGCCACUGCCUCCAUUUUGUGAUGGCUUUAUCUCAGAAGCCUGAGCAACAGAGCGAUUUGAAUGAUUCUUGGGUGGAGCUGCAAACUGCCACACCACCAGCAGAACCAACAAUUGAGACACCACACCCUUCUAUUUAUAAUGGCAGUCUUGAAAAACUGCUGAUUGAAGCACAGCGAGAGUCUAGAACUCCAUCCCAUGCCAACAGUAAAGAGUCUUCUGCUAGGGGAAGCCCAAAGAGUCCACACAGUCCUAAUUCAGAGUGGUCUACAGGUGACUGGAAGACAAAAGAGGAUCCUGGUACAGACUGGAUAUGGGACUGGUCUAGUGGACCAGAAGUUCAGCCUCAAGGUGACUGGAAUGGAAAGUUUCGCCAUCCAAUAUCCAAACCACGUCGUACGCCUUUAAGCAUACGAAAGUCACCAGUGAUGAAGACAAACAUUUUCCACCUGGAGAACUUAUCUACUUUGCUUUUGACUCAUGCCUGCACAUUCUUUCUUGGGGCUGCUGUAAUGUUUAUCUACCUGAAAAAGUAUUGCAACUUGGCGGCAGUGGUUCCCUCUUCUCUUGACUGAAAGGGAAAUCUUAUUGGCCAUUUUUAAAGCUGGUGACAGGUGUCAAACAUUUGUCCUAUUGAAAGACUGUAAGACGAUGGCACUGGAGAAAAUUCGUGAAUGGGAUGCUCCUUAAAUUUUUGCCCCUGAAAACUACAGUUUACUGGAUUAUGACUGCAUGCAAGAACUCAUCAUUUCAACUUGAUAAACAUGCCAUUCCUUGCAAGAGGAUCAUGAUAGGCUUGUUCAGAUGUGAAUGCAUUUAUUCAAGUGAGUUUUAUGAUGUUGAGAUAACACCAGAUCAUUAAUUUCAUUAUUGCUGAUAAAGUAAAUGAGCUUUUUUUCUGAAUUGCCAUUUAGUAUUGUCAAACUGUUUCAUUCGUCUUGCAUCAUAGUCAAUAAACUGCAUAACUACUUCAUUCAUCUCACACUGAAAGGAUCUGGUUCAGGAAACAGGGAACGAAAGUUUGUAAAAAAAAUUUUGAGAACUGAUCUUUUUUUCUGGUUGCUGAUUUCCUGAAGAUUAUAUAAUUUGAAUGGUUAAUGCACUAAUGGUUUUCUGGGGAUAAUUUUUUGUGGAACACUGUUCCCAGUUAAGUUUAUAUAUAUAACAUAAAUAUUUAUGUCUGUAUGAACACCAAAGAUUCUCGGAAAUUGAAAAUGCUUGAUGAUUGUAUCACCCCACCCUAUUUGGCAUAAGUGUACUGUACAUAUUUACUGCUAGUAAUACAUCUUUGACUACAACAAACAAAACGAAGUCUGUGGUGAUUUUUUUGUGCUUGAGUUUUCUUCAUGAUAGAGUGCAUUUUUCACCUGGUGAUUGUUGGCUUGUAUAAUGACAAUGUAUGAAUGCUUUUUGCUGGUGCUGGUUUCUGUACUGAAUAAAAAUGUUAUGUUUUAGGUCAUACGAACCAUUUUAGUUAGGGCCGUGUUGAAUUGUUCUGUAUGAAGAGCUCUAAAGGCUCAUCAUCUUCAUGAACAAAAGGACAGUUUUGGAUAAGAACCGGGAUCACAUUGAGAGUGGGGAAAAAGGGGAUGAUGGCAUAGUCAUGCAGAGAAUAAAUAGUGUAUAGUGAGCGAUGAACUCCUUGUCAAUAAAUUCCAUUCCUUUGUUGCUAAAGUAAAAAAUUGUUAGUGUGCUUAUGUGUUAAAAAUGUAAGCUCUUCAAAUAUUUUCUUUUGUUUUAAAUCUUUGUUAUUCAGGGUUGUUAGGUAAGUUAUGGAUGAAAAAUAGUUUUUCAACUACAGGUGUUUGUAAAAGCUGUGAAGAGAUAAUAAUUAGUGACCCAUGGUGCACAUUUUUAAUGAAGAUCAUUAAACAUAUCUUUUUUGUUAACAUUAUUUAGUUUUAGGUAUAAAUAUCUAAUAUAUAUACCCAACAUAUUUUUAACAAAUGGGUAAAUCAUUUUAGUUCUUAUUCUAUUUGCCUUUAAAAGAGCAUAUACAGAUAAGUGUUGGUGUUAAAAAGUCUUUUGACAAACUUUCAAAUGAAGGGUAAGUAAAUUGAAAUUACCUUUGUUCAUUUUUGCUUCCAAAAAAAAAAAGAAGCAAAUGUUGACCUUCAUUUUUGUGUGAAAAUGUGAAUUAGAAUAUAUAGUGAAAUUUUAAAAGCAUUUUACUGAACUUGUAAGUGUUAAAGUAAAUUACUAGUAAGGUAUGAGUAAAUAGUGGUGCUCUU